GAGGAGAAGGGUAGAGUGAGAGAGGGCGAGUGCAGCCCAGCCGUAAAGGCGCACAGGGAGAGAAGAGAAAAAUGCCUUGCUUUGUGGAGAGAAUUCCUCCAAAGCAGCAGGGAGAGGUGAGACAGAGAGAGGAGGGCUGUCUCCUGCCAGCUGAGAGGAGUUUAUGCACUGAAAAGACCUCAGGAAAAUCCACAAUGGCCGCCAAAAGGAAAGGUGGCCUAAAACUGAAUGCGAUCUGUGCCAAGCUUAGCAAGCAGGUGGUGUACGACGGCAGUUCCCAGAAUGCCGAGGGAGACUCAGAUCUAGUGGACAACAGCGAGCGGGGCAGCUUGCACUACGAUGAGGGCGACAGGCCUGAAAGCGACUUCCCAGAGGGCCUGACCCUGGGCCAGAGCCUUGAGGAGGACCAGAAACGGCGCGAGGCCAUUGAGAAGUGGGUGAACGGCGAGUACGCCGACGAUCCACAGUCCUUAGACGGGGGCGAGCACAGGGGACUCAAACCCAACAAUGGAGACGAUUGUCCCCCUGAAAGCGUUUAUAUGGUACAGCCCAAAGGCUGCAGCGAUGAAGAAGACAACGCAGAAGAAGCCGACACCAUGCCAGGCUCCCACGAGGGCAGUUAUCAUGAGGACAGGGACUCAGAGGGCAGCCCGCACAAGGAUGACAGCUACCAGCCCACCACUGAAGCCCCCCCUCGCCAAGCCCCCUUCUCCUCACCAGGAGAGGCCUCCACACUACGUGAUUACGCCGCCAACACCAUGAAUGAGUUCUUACACAUGUUCGGCUAUGAUGACCAGCAGGGUCGAGAUGAGCUGGCCAGGAAGAUCAGCUUUGAAAAACUGAAAGCAGCUACCUCAGAUCCCUCCUCCCUGAGCAGCGAGGAGGCCAACCGUCGAGCUCGCUUCUCCAAGUAUGAAGAGUACAUCCGCAAGCUAAAGGCUGGGGAGACCCUGGCCUGGCCUAUGCACACCAAGCCCGAAGAGCUCAAUUCCAAAAUGGAGAAGAGCACUGCCCUCAUCCAGCCGGCCCUCGCAGGGUCAGAGGGUCAGAUAUUUCAACCCGGAAUGGACCACAAACAAAGCUCGCUCAACCCAGCCCCAACCAACCCGUCACACAUCCAGAACCUGGCCUCCCGCGCCUCCAAGUACGAUUACUUCAUCCAGAAGCUGAAGAUGGGUGAGAGUCUCAGACAGCAGAACGGCAAUUCCUAUAAGCGACCCUCCAAGUACGACUUGGAGAAUGUCAAGUUCCUGCACCUCUUUAAACCCGGUGAGGGCAACCCUGACAUGGGCGGCGCCAUCGCUUUUAAGACCGGCAAGGUCGGCAGGCCGUCAAAGUACGAUAUACGAAACAUCCAGAAGCUCAUUCCUGGGAAGGUUGAUCCUCCGAUGAUGCAGAGCGUUCUCCCAGCUACGGCAGGAACCCCAGGAACACCAGUCAUCAAUACAGCUGCUCCCGUGGGGGUCGUGGGACCUCCCGGGUUGCCUGUAGACCAGGCGGGCCACCUCGGCUUUAACACUGACCACAUGAAGUCCAACUUCUCCAAGACUGACUCCAUCACUACUGGAACCGUCUCCUCAGUCAAGUAAGGCAAUCUCUGAAAAUUAAUGCUCGGCCAAAACGCUAACAAUGACACAAAUAUGGUAUUUCUGUCUGAUUGUAGGUUCUCUGGGAGCCAACACUGUGGCCAUGUGCACUGUGCUUACCAGUACAGAGAGCAUUAUCACUGCAUGGACCCCGAAUGUAACUAUCAGAGAUUCACCAGUAAGCAGGAUGUGAUAAGGCAUUAUAACAUGCAUAAGAAGCGGGACAACUCCCUGCAGCAUGGAUUCAUGCGUUUCAGCCCUUUGGAUGACUGCAGUGUGUACUACCACGGCUGCCAUCUCAAUGGCAAGAGUACCCACUACCACUGCAUGCAGGUGGGCUGCAACAAGGUGUACACAAGCACUUCUGAUGUCAUGACUCAUGAGAACUUCCAUAAGAAAAAUGCACAGCUGAUCAACGAUGGCUUCCAGAGGUUCCGGGCCACUGAGGAUUGUGGGACGUUUGGGUGCCAGUUCUACGGGCAGAAGACCACCCACUUCCACUGCAGACGCCCAGGCUGUACCUUCACCUUCAAGAACAAGUGUGACAUCGAGAAGCACAAAAGCUAUCACAUCAAAGACGACGCUUACGCCAAGGACGGCUUUAAGAAGUUUUACAAAUACGAGGAGUGCAAGUACGAAGGCUGCGUCUACAGCAAGGCCACCAACCAUUUCCACUGCAUACGCCAAGGCUGCGGCUUCACCUUUACCUCCACCAGCCAGAUGACCUCACAUAAGCGCAAGCACGAGCGCCGCCACAUUCGCUCCUCGGGCGUGCUGGGCCUCACUUCCUCCUUCCUGUUGCCCAAAGAGGAGCUGGAAGAGUCCAGCAAUGAUGACCUCAUGGACUACUCAGCCAUUAGCAGCAAGAACUCCAGCUUAAGUGCUUCUCCAACAACCCAGCAGUCCUCUACCGUACAGCACAUGCUGUCCACUCCCACCACCACCAUGUCCUCCAGCCACAGCAUCAAGCCUACCACCGCUCUGCCUCCAGCCAGCCGUAUUUCAACCCUACUGUCCCAGGCUCUGCCCAGCAACGUGCCCAUGGCCCUAGCACUUUCCAACAGCGCACUGGCAGGUGUUUCCAACCCCUUCUUCCCCCUCAUUCCCAGAAUGCCCAUCUGUCCCUCUACCGCCGGUCUGAUCUCUGCCGCCACCUCCAGAGGUCACUCCAUGCCCAGCGAUUCUCUACCCCUGACCUCCACCCCGACUGGGGACCCAGCCGCUGCUACUGUAGCAUCCACACCGACUUCUUUUGCUGCAUCAUCCAUUAUGGAGAAGAUGUCGGCCAGCAAGGGUCUAAUAUCGCCCAUGAUGGCCCGACUGGCAGCCGCUGCCCUGAAGCCCUCCAGUAACCCGGAUGCAGGGAUGGGCCAGCUGGCUCAAGCAGGCCGGUUUAAUGCGGUCGUGGUGAAGCAGGAGCCAGUGGACGGCGCUUCCGCGGCCUCCCAGGAGUCCAUUCAGGAGCACAGCCUGGACCUGAGCAAGAAAGACCACAGCGCUGAAUCAAACGGACACCAUGCGCCAGGAAAUACAUAUCUUUUAUCCUCACUUAUGAAUAAGAUGAAUCCUGGUUUCUUCAGUGCUUUGGAUCUGAAGUCAGAGCUGGAGGGAGCUCAGGCGGCAGACGGCUCAGACGCAGCUCAGUAUCUCAGUAGGGUAAUGAAGAGGUCAAACCCAGAGAAACACAAUGAGCAGUGGAGGACCUACCUGUGCAGGUAUGACACUGACGAUUUCUGUGAAGCCCAGUGUGAUUUCUUGCACAAGAUACAUUUUCAUUGCCUAGUGGAAGAUUGUGGGGCGCUUUUCAGCACGGUGGACGGAGCCAUCAAACACGCCAACUUCCACUUCAGAGCCAACCUGAAGGUUAAAUCGGAGCCCCCUUUCAACGAGAGCAAGGAAUCCAAUGAUAGCGCCCCUAAUCAAAUGGCUGCCCCCAUUUCCAUGGCCAAGACGCCUCCUAUGGAGGUGCCCAGCCUGGCUGUGUCAGGGGGCUACAGCUCUUCCCCUUCUCUCCAAGCCUGGAAGCAGCUGGCCGGAUCGAUCCCCCAACUUCCCGCCUCCAUGCCCAGUAUGCCAGCCACUUCCCCUCUGGCCACCACCUCGCUGGAAAACGCCAGGCCUCAGGUCAAGCCUGGCUUCCUGCAGUUUCAGGAGAAUGAUCCUUGUCUGGCCACAGACUGCAAAUACUCGAAUAAGUUCCACUUCCACUGUCUGUUUGGAAAUUGCAAAUAUGUGUGUAAGACAUCCGGGAAGGCUGAAUCACAUUGCCUGGACCACAUUAACCCCAACAACAACCUGCUGAAUGUGCGAGACCAGUUCUCCUACUAUUCUAUGCAGUGUCUUUGUCCUAACCAGCACUGUGAGUUUCGCAUGAGGGGCCAUUAUCAUUGUCUGAGACCCGGCUGUUUCUUCGUCACCAACAUCACCACCAAACUUCCCUGGCACGUCAAGAAGCACGAGAAAGCUGAAAGACGUGCCAUUAACGGCUUCAAAUACUUCACCAAGAGAGAAGAAUGUGGCAGACUAGGGUGCAAAUACAACCAAGUUAACAGCCACUUCCAUUGUAUCCGUGAGGGCUGUCAGUUCUCCUUCCUGCUCAAGCACCAGAUGACCUCCCAUGCCCGCAAACACAUGAGGAGGAUGCUGGGUAAAAACUUCGACAGAGUUCCUUCCCAGAUGGUCUCUCAUGGCAACCGACCUGAAGAGAUGCAGCACAUGGCCAGUCUAGCUUCGUCCGGUGUGGUAGGCAGCCACCCUAGUUUGACCCCCAACUUCUCCAGCAUGAUGGAGGAAAAUGAUGACUAUAUGGACUACACCGGUGGAGGAAGCCCACUGGGUCUCUCCUCAGAGUCCUCCAACCAAGACCGCAGUUGCACCAGCACCCCCGUGGGCAACGAUAGUUCGCCAGCAGGACCAGGCUGUCAGGUCCCUGCCACCACUACCUCUGCUGACUCUCCUCCUUCUUCUCAAUCUGCACCUCCUCCUCUUCCACCUCCUCAUCCUGCGUUCCAGAGUCAGCCUCCAUCUCUCUCCUCGGCUCUUCUCCGGCCACCACUCCCCUCGCUCCCAUAUCUCCUCUCCCCAUCCUGUCUGUCAUACUCUCUGCUCAGCGCCUCUCUCGGAGCCACUAGGAGUGUUGUCAUGCCAACCAACACACCAGCUUUCAGCCCCAUCAUUCCUACUUCGUCUUCGGUUAAAAAUGACGUCCCUAUAGUGCAGGACGCUGCAGGUAACACCAUCUCUAUUCCGACGGCAACUGGGGCCAAGAAACGCUUCUGGAUCAUCGAGGACAUGUCACCCUUCGGCAAGCGCCGCAAGACCGCUUCGUCUCGCAAGAUGCUGGAUGAAGGCAUGAUGCUGGAAGGGUUCCGCCGCUACGACCUCUAUGAGGACUGCAAGGAUACGGCCUGUCAAUUCUCCCUGAAGGUAACCCACUAUCACUGCACGCGGGAGAACUGCGGCUACAAGUUCUGCGGCCGCACCCACAUGUACAAGCACGCCCAGCACCACGACCGUGUGGACAACCUGGUCCUGGAUGAUUUCAAGCGCUUCAAGUCUUCGUUGUGCUGCAACUUCCCCGAUUGCCAGUUCUCCGGCAACAGCACCCACUUCCACUGCCUGCGCUGCGGCUUCCGCUGCACGGACAGCACCAAGGUGACGGCGCACCGCAAGCACCACGGCAAGCAGGAUGUGAUCAGCGCCGCCGGAUUCUGCCAGUUCAGCUCCAGUGUGGACUGUGAGGUGGCUGACUGCAAGUACAAGCUCAAGUGUUCACAUUUCCACUGCACUUACCCAGAGUGCAAGCACACAGUGGUGGGCAUGUCACAGAUGGAUUCCCACAAGCGCAAGCAUGAGAAGCAAGAGAGGGGAGAGCUGCCUUCUGUCUCCCCCAACCAGGAAGGCAACCACCACCACCACCACCAUGCAGGCCUAGCCGUGCCUCCAAUGCCCAUGAAUAGGCCCCCAACCUCACCCGGCACACCGGGGCUGACCCACAACAACAUGGCCAUGUACCUCCCUUCGGCAGGGGCCGUCAGUGAGUACGAGCAUCCGGGCUCAGCAGUCAACCUUAACAGCUCUCUGAACCUGGGGACAGACACCAACAGCUCCUUGUUCUUUCUGAAAAACGCUGCUGGGUUGGGCCUCAGUGACUCCAUGGACCUGAGCAAAAAGAUGCACCGGGAGCCACUGUCCCUGGCCACCAGUUCUGGCCCUGCUGCUUCAAUGGGCCUGAGCCACCCUCAGGACGACACUACCGGCACAUCCUGCGACCCCGAAGAUGACCUGUCGGCUGAGGAAGAGCCGAUAGCUGAGGAGGAUGACGACGACGAUGAAGAGGAGGACAUGAAUACAGACUCGUAUGAAGAUUCCAUGCCAGAGCCAGAAGUAGACAAAGACAAUGGAGAGAGUUUUGAUGCUUCCAUGAACCACGCUGAGACUUCCCAACUGGAUAAAGAGGAGCCGGAGGCUGAGCCCUAAUCUAUGCUGUAGGAGAACUAUGAAUUCCCUGAACAAACACAAGUUUGAGUGGCCUCAUUUAUCAUGCUUAGAGACACAGCAGAUGACAAGAAAAUAACCAACUACAAGAAACGUGAAGGCCCAAAAUGAUUUAUUAUGAUGUUUACAAGAUGACCAACAUUAUUAAUUUAAUUAUGCAUUAAAAAAUGAACAGAGAAAUAGACAGACGAGGCCCUCUUUUACACA